CCGACUCCGAGAGUUCAUCCUGGGUAACAGCGCCUUUAUUUUCUAAUCAUGGUUCAAAACAAAGAACCCGAGCCGGAACCAAGGAUCUACGGCUGUACCCGGACAGUUUCUUCGGUUCUGACCCACUUUAUCUGCAUUGCCUUCAGUCUUUGCAUUACAUUUCUGAGUGGACCGGGUUCCAGUUUGUUUUCCUGGCAUCCCUUCUUCAUGACGCUAGCUUUCUCAUUCUUCAUGACGGAGGCCAUUCUCGUCUUCUCCCCUCACGGCUCGCUGAUCAAAUGCUUCCCACACAAGUUUAAAGUCCGUGUCCACUGGAUCCUGCAGGGUCUGUGCGUGUCCUGCGCGGCCCUGGGCGUGGCGGCCAUCUUCUACAACAAACACCUGAAUGGAAAAGCCCACUUCACCUCCUGGCACGGUCUCCUGGGCCUGGUGACGGUGUGUGUGGUCGUGCUGCAGUCUCUGCUAGCUCUGCCGCUCAUCUACCACUCCCUGGCUAAAGGCUGGUCACUGGCCAAACUCAAACGCUACCACGCCGCGUCGGGAAUCGUUACGUACCUGCUGGGCUGCGUCAGCCUCCUCCUCGGCCUCUGCUCCACCUGGUUCACCUCCUCUGUCAGCGGAUACACCUGGUACCUGUCGGCACUCUGCCCGGCCAUCAGCUCCCUCAUCAUCAUGAACCAGGUCACCAGAGCCUACAUGGCCAGGAAACGGUUUCAGUCCUGACGUCAGACACGGUCCUGGGACUGAGAAAAUGUGUUCAUCUCAGAGACUUCAGUUUUGAUUUGAUUACAAGUCCAGUAUGAACAAAAAUAAUCAUUUCACCGUGUACAUAUAUAAACAUGACUGAUGCCACCACUGAGCACAGACCUGGGGUCACUGACCUGACCCGGCUCACUCACCAUAUUACCAAACAUUUAGGUUCAGACUCUUUCCUUAUUUAAGAUUUUCAGUAUUUUAAUUCUGUACGUUUUUGAAUUUGUCAAACAUUUAAAAUAAAGGAAAAAUGAUUGAGAAAUUGUCACCUGGUGUUUAUGAACGUGUGAUUCCUGGUGUAAUUACAUGGUUUGAUGAGAAGAGGGUGCUACAUGAAAAAUAUUCCCUUGACUCAGAUAAUCAAAUAAUCAGAGCUGGUGAAGACGAUCUUUCUGAGCGUCUUUCUUCAAUUCCUGCCAGUACAGCAGUGUUGUGUUUCAACUAAACAGGUCGAGAUUUUAGUCAAUUAUGAGGUCAUUUAAACAAGAAGAUUAUUAUAUUUCAUUACAUAUUUAAAGGAAUUCUUUUUAAAAUACCAUUUCCCUCAACCUUUAAAUAACUGGUACCCACUUACACUCCUAUAGUGUUUUAUUGUUAAAAUAACAUUGAUAACACAGUCAUAUUCUGCUUCCUUCUAGACUUCGUUUCAGAAACUCUCACUGGAUAAGUCGUCAGUGGGUCAAUCAGAACAAAUGUAAAAAAUAAAAUGCUUACAAAAAAACACACUUUACAUAAAUAAAUACAUUUUAGACUUGCAAUAACAAAGAAGAAAAUGCCACGUGAGAGAACAUAAGGUUAUAAAAACAUAUUUUAGAAAAUAAAACAAAUAAAUCCUGUAAAUCAGGAGCGACUAGAAUAAGAAACGACGUUUUUUCAUUUAAAGUAUGGUCAAGUCCCAAAAUGAAAUGUUCAGUUUUUUUGCCAAAGGACUGAAGUGAGAGAACGGUCACGUGGUCAGAUUUACUUUUAAAGCAGGCAGGAACCAGCUCCACCUUCGAAUUCAAACAAGUUUUCAAAGCAUGCUAGAAAAAGAAAAAAAAACACAGAUGUCUGUGAUGAUCCAUCAGCUGCAGCUAGAAUGUUCUGGAAAAACAAAAAAGAACAAAAAAAAAAAAGCCUGGAGAGAAUCAGACUGUAGCCCCAUGAAAAAAAA